AAGAUUUCUGCUCAUAAAUUUAUAUUUUAUAAAAGAAAUUAGUUUUAUACUUGAUAUAAAAAAUACAUAUAAAUGGAGCUCAGUGGCGUAGUGGAUGAGCGACGUGGCCCACGGUCGUUGUUGUUAAGCAACUUUUGCAUACGUCGGUCAAGGGAUAGGCGGCUAAAUAUUGUUAUAUCGAGACCGACCGUCAAUCUCUGUGCUUCGGAAGGGACGUUAAGCUGUUACUUCUGGCUGCAUUUGGAGUCUUUAUUACCCUACAAUCCGCAUUGGGCUAGCGUGGAGGGUCAUGGCCCAUCCUCCUUAACCAUCCAUAGAGAAGGUCUGAGUGCAGUGCCACCUGCAGUGGUGACAUUAAAGGACUGAUGAUGAUGAUUGCACAUAUAGGAAUUCAUAUAAAUGACAUAACAAGAACACAGAAUGCAAACUGUUUCUUGUAAAAAGGAUAA